AUCUGUGGAGUGCUUAUGUCAAUGCACUAAGGCGCGACGUGUAACUUAAACUUUCCGCCCCGCCUUUUUUUAUGCAUAUAUCAGCGGAUGUCCUGUGCCACCCUCGUAUCUACUGAGAAUGAGAUAAUUUAGGUCUUUUUAGUUCGUAGCAACCUUCGAGGAAUACCGCUAUACCAAUAAUUGAGAUAACAUUUGACACGUGAUCAGUGAUGUUGCUGUGAGACUUUCCGUGCCAAAGAUUUAAAGUUAGAGCUGUUACCCUACAAUACCACAGAAAAAAGAUAAAAUUCCUCCAACAAUGCAGAUCCGUUGGUACAAGAAACGCAUAACUGCUGUUUCUAUUGCAGCAAUUGUGCUUUAUUUUAUCUUUCGUUCUCAAGAGCACAGUGCCAUUUUUAAAAUUAUCAUACGAGAUACUAAACCAGCUGAUGUCUGGGAGUAUGUUGCUGAUUUUAGUAACAUGAAGAAGCUCAAUCCUACAAUUGUAGACUUCAGCAUUUUGACAGAGAGUGGUAACUAUGAUCACUGGAAAUAUUCUGCUGAAUAUAAAGAAUUUCUGCCACAUGCACCAUUUAUCCACCACUCCACUCAUGCUGACUUUGAAGUACGACAAGAUGGAGAGUCUUACAUAAUCAACUCAAAUCAUAGCACAUGCUUUUUUAAGGGUGUGGCUUGCUUUCCUGCAACAUCUGAAUUCAUGUUUUCCAAAUUAGGGCCAAAUACUCUCUGUGUUGAGCGGGUGACUUAUAAGUGCCCAUUUUUGUUUGCAAGAAUGUGUCAAAAAGAUGUGGAUUACCAGAGAAGUUCAGUAAUGCGAAAUUUGGAGAAACAAUUUACAGUUAAGAAAAAAGUUAAGAAAAGCUAGAGGAAACAGAUGUCUUAACAAUUAUACUGGAAACCGUAUGGUUACGUAGCUGAACAACACUGAGUAGUUUGUGCUGCCCUACUUAUCUCUAUAAUUUUUUAUGUCAGCUAUGAUGUAUGACUGAGAAAGUCAGUUGAACAGAAGACAAAGGUGCUUUGAAAAACAUAAUUUUAAUAACAAAAAUUAUCAUAGAAUUAUUGUGUUAGAGACUUUUCAGUAUUUCAUAUUAGUAAGUGUCACUAAUAUUUUUAUAUAAAUUUUUGUACUUGUGCAUAAAAUUUGUAUUUAUAUUAUGCAUUUUUAGUAUUAAUGUUUACAGCAUAAUUAAAUGGUUUAUAGUAUUUGUCCCCUUUUUUUUAUCUGUGUAUGUAAAUACCUGUGGAUUUUAAACCUUAAUUAAAUGCAAUCCAUGUAAAUAGUUAAGUCUGUUUGUCCAAUAUUAUAAUAAAUGAACAUAGUUUAUGGUUUCAUAUUGCAGAUAAAGUCACACAUGGGGAAAGAGUUGUGAAUAUAGUAUUUUUCUAACUUGCUGUUCUUUGGACAACUAGGUAAAUGAGUGAAGAUUUUUAUCGGUCAGUACUCCACUUCAUUGAAUAAUGCAUAGUGAUGAGAGUUUUCUCCUUUUUAGUGUUACAGCAAUAUUGUCAAUUUUGGAUCAUUACUGAUUACAGCAAUAUCAUUAUUAGGUAGUAAAUGUUUUGCGAGGCUGUCAUCAGUGUGCUGGCCUCUCUAAGUGAUUGUCAAGAAGAGUUAGCCACCACACAUUAUCCAUAUUACUCAUCGAUAAGCAUAACAUUUUUCCUCAGUGAAGUUUUGCCACAUAAUGGUAGUCAUAAGACUCCAAUAAAUUAAAGUACAUAAAAGAAGUGAACUUUGUAACAAUUGUAUUUCAGAUGCCCACUGCCAAAUGCAAUACAAAAGUUGCUGAACUUCAAUUAUAAGUAAAUUUGUGACAUGGGCAAAAGUCUUAUUACUGUGAAUAGCUCUGAACAAUAGAUGACUUUUUCCACGAACCCAUACUGUAAGUCAGUAAAAAACAUAUUUUGAUUUUGUUAUGUGUCCUGAUAGUACUUGGAAUGAACACCAUUUUUGUUAAAACUAGAUGUCCGUCUUGUCAUUGUACUGAUCACGAUAAUCCUUUACCAAGGCAAUGAAUAAAUUAAAAUGCAAUUGACUGAAAUUUUUGUUAGUGCUUGCAGUAUUGAACUGAUAAUAAUCUUUCUUCCCAUUGCUUAUAUGGCUUU